AUGUCUCUUGAGAGAUAUCAAGCCCGCGGCAUCUGCGUUAGCUCUGAUAGCACUCCCUCACCCCCAACGAACCCGGACGAUGGUGUACAGUUCAAACACAAAGGUUUCAAAGAUGUUACUGUCAUCAAGUCGCGCUCUGUCUUUGGGGCCGAUGAAGAGAUGGGCCCAACCUCCGAGUACCUUCCUCCAGCCCCCAAGAAAAAGGAGCGUGCCCUUCGCAAGUUCGACCGAUAUUCGGUCAUCGUCCGCAGGAUCUUCACACGACAUGGCGAUAGGGACAUGUUAGUCGGCACCGAGCUAUGCAUUCAAGCACCAUCCCUCUGCAAAUAUUUUCGGGGACUUGUCGGCGACACUCAUGAAAGCUUUGACAUCUCCUCUACCCCCAUCGUUAUGCCAGCACCGUUCUACGAGUUAUUCUACUGGCGAAAGGACUUGGCAGCUUAUGCGGAGAACGAAACCCACCAGGAGAAUCAUGCCGAUGUCAAGCUGUUGUAUGACUUCUUCCGUACCGACAGACUGACUAUUGACAACAUGGCGACAUACGACUCAAUGAUCGUUCAAGGCAAAAUUAAUGUUGAAACGUUGUGGACGUUAUAUCCACCCAACAAACGGCUGUUUCUCAACACAGGCGAAGCUUCUGAGUGCUGGCUAUGUCGGGAUGUUCAGCGCGAUCCAAAAAACCCACUGGUCUGGUGGGUCACAGGUGUCCAGCUGGGUGUUAACGUUCGAGAAUUGGGGCUCACGAGACGAAAGCACCCUAUCUCCUUUGCCCGAAAGAUUGAUGGGUCCAUGGACAUCUCUGAGCUGCCUCUUGUACCAGAGGACUACUUUGACCGGGCUGAGCAGGUCAAGGAAGAGAUUGGAAAGAGGGGUUGA